AUGCUACCUUGCUCUGAUGAUGUCCUUCAUAUGACGGACGAAAGCUUAGUACCUUUUCACCCGAAUCGAAGAAGAUUGCUUCGGAUACAGCGUCAACAUGAAUCUUCCAGUAAAGCCAAUCGACAGCUGGUCAAGAGGAAUCCGCCGUCGUCUUCUUGUGGAACCGACCUUCUAAUCUCUUCACGCAAAACUUUCACUCGAAAUGAAAGUAAGCUCAACAAUAAUGAAACAAGAGCUUCCUCGAAACCCAACUUUUAUUCACAUGAAAUAUUCUCAUUAAAUAAUAAACUGAAGAUGGUACAGGAGGGCGUUUCACGUGAGGAGGUGGCGAAACUUGGUGUCUCAGAGCUCCCAGAAGAGUAUGCUUUAUUGGCAGAUCUCCAUCAGAAAUUGCUUACUCUUUUACUGGCAAGCGGCGAUUUGGAAUGCAACCCGGUGCAGAUGCAGUCUAGACGGAGAAGAACUCACAAGACACGUGGUUCUCGGUACAUCUUUUGUUGGCUGGCGCCAAGCUCGAGCCCCGAAUCGCAGUCAGCCUUCUCCACAAACCGCGGGGAAAGGCAUGAUGACGUGGCCAGGUGUGCUCUUCUCCGUACACUUUCGGUGCAAAACUGCACAGGAUAUCGUACUUUCUCGGGAACGUUGGCUAUUAGACACAUUUGCGGGGGAAAACAGUCCAGCCAACUACUUGUCGGCAGAGGAAACUCAGGUGGCAUUAGACGCGAUGUAACCAAUUGGUCUGCGGAAUCCCGCCUCCGUUCAGCCCAUCCGGGAGGCAAUUUCGCCAACUACGGCCUUGAACAUAUCUCUUUUGCUGAGAAACAUUUUUCCAAAAAGACAAAUUCCAAAUAA